AUGCUAGCUACGGGUGAUGCUUUGAAUGAACUGAAGGGCAAUUUGUAUGAUCCGAACGAUGUUCUUCAGAGUUGGGAUCCUGUCAAUCUGACCCCGUGCAGUUGGUUUCGUGUUACUUGCAACAGUAACAAUAGUGUUACUAGAGCUGAUCUUGGCAAUGCAAAUUUGUCUGGUCAACUGGUUCCACGGCUUGCUCAACUACAAUUUUUAGAGUACUUGGAGCUGUAUAAUAAUAAUAUUAGUGGAAAAAUUCCAUAUCAGCUUGGAAACUUAACAAACUUGGUGAGCUUGGAUUUUUACAUGAACAACCUAGAUGGCCCAAUCCCUGACACAUUGGGCAAGCUUCAGAAACUUCGUUUCCUGAGGCUAAACAAUAACAGUUUGACUGGAGAAAUUCCCAUGUCUCUGACUACUGUCAAUACGCUUCAAGUUCUUGAUCUUUCAAAUAACUGGCUAACAGGAAAAAUUCCAAUCAAUGGUUCCUUUCAACUUUUCACUCCAAUCAGUUUUACCAAUAACAGCCUGGAACCUCUUCCCAUAUCUCCACAGCCUCCAUUUCAACCGACAAACCCAUCUCCUUCAGGAGUUGGCAACAGUGCUACUGCGCCCAUUGCUGGAGGGGUUGCUGCUGGAGCGGCCCUUCUCAUGGCUGUUCCUGCAAUUGCACUUGCUUUGUAUCGACAAAGGAAGCCACAAGAUCAUUUCAUUGAUGUUCCUGCUGAGGAGGAUCCAGAAGUUCAUCUGGGACAACUAAAGAGGUUUUCCCUGCAUGCGCUACAAGUUGCAACAGAUAAUUUUAGCAACAAUAAUAUUCUUGGCAGAGGUGGAUUUGGUAAGGUUUAUAAAGGCCGAUUAGCAGAUGGCUCUCUAGUGGCUGUAAAAAGGUUAAAGGAAGAACGCACUCAAGGCGGAGAGCUGCAGUUCCAAACAGAAGUGGAAAUGAUCAGCAUGGCUGUGCAUCGAAAUCUACUUCGCUUACGUGGCUUUUGCAUGACACCAACAGAACGGGUACUUGUUUAUCCUUAUAUGGCUAAUGGAAGUGUUGCAUCUUGCUUGAGAGAGCGACCUGAAUCACAACCUCCACUUGAUUGGUCAAUAAGAAAACAUAUAGCAUUGGGAGCUGCGAAGGGACUUGCUUAUUUGCAUGAUCAAUUGCGUGGCACAAUUGGUCAUAUAGCUCCAGAAUACCUUUUCACUGGUAAAUCUUCUGAGAAAACUGAUGUUUUCGGGUAUGGGGUCAUGCUUCUUGAGCUCAUCACUGGGCAGAGAGCGUUUGAUCUUGCUCGGCUUGCCAGCGAGGAUGAUGUGAUGUUACUUGACUGGGUUAAGGGACAUCUAAAGGAAAAAAAAUUGGAAACAUUUGUAGACGCGGACCUUCAGGGUAAUUAUAUCGAGGAUGAGGUGGAGCAGCUAAUCCAGGUAGCUUUGCUCUGCACACGCAAAACUCCUACGAAACGCCCCAAGAUGUCUGAUGUCGUCAGGAUGCUCAAAGGUGAUGGCUUGGUCGAGAGGUGGGAAGAGUGGCAAAAGGAAGAAAUGUUCCGUCAAGAAUUUGGUCGCACUCAGCAGCCUAAUACUGAGUUGAUCGUUGUCAACACCACUUACAAUAUCCGAGCCGAUGUAUUGUCUGGGCCAAGAUAA